ACUCUAAACGAUGAAGAGAUGGCGCUGCCAACAGUGUGGGAAAAUGGUUAUCCUGACGGCCCAGAGAUGGAGGCUUUUAGUGUGCAGCUGAAGCAAUUUUUGGCAGAUUGGGAAAACAUGGAGCACACAAUCACCUGCAGCUAUGCUAUACUGGACAUCAGCAACAAAACCCCUCAGGACACACUCAAAGAGAUGAUUUACCAUAUGGAGAAGCCAUUUAAGUACACAGCUAUGAGCAUAUCUAGUGCAGACCUGGAGGAGGAGGAAGAGGCCCUACAUGCGCUGACACAGGCUGAGAAACGAAAUGUUAAUGAAGAGGAGGAACAAGAAUCAGAGGAGGAUGCCAGCUUUAAGAGGCACCUGGGAGACACCAAGCAUUUUUGUCCAGUGGUGCUGAAAGAGAGGGGUAUGCUACAACCGUGUCUGGACGAAUAUGCUGCAAAGUACAGAGACAAAGUCUAUUAUUUCUCCAGCACUGAGGCACAAGAAAAGUUCCUACAGAAUCCUGAACUCUACAUUUCUAACACACAACUACUAAAGCCUCCUGCGCUGCGGGUCUUCAUACUAGGAGUGAGAGGUUCUGGGAAAACCACCCAUGGGAAGUGGCUUGCAGAGCAGCUGGGAGUCUUUCACAUCCAGUUCCGAGAGCGGCUGCAGGAGCUCAUCUUACGGAAGACCCAGAAACAUGUGUCAUAUGCAGAUGAUACUGAACCCCCUGAGGAACCUCCAGAGGAGCUGCAGGGCCUGCUGGAGGCCCAGGCCCAGGGUCAGAGCACAGUGUCCCCUCCAGACCAGGACGACAAGCCAGGUCAUGAGGAUACUGCGUCUGAUAAUCCUGACAUAAAGGAAGAACAAGCAUUGACUGGUGAUGAGGAGGCCAUAAAGGCAUACCUGCAGGAUGAAGAUCCUCUCCCACUGGAGAUACUGGAAAUGGUUUUAUUACAGUGGUGGAACCAGGAGCCCUACAA